AUGAAACGAGUUAUGAGAUUUGGAAAGAAGAGCAAGUUAAGCCCAAGAUAUAUUGGGCCUUUUGAGAUUCUUCACCGGAUUGAACCAGUGGCUUAUAGAGUAGCACUUCCACCAGCACUUGUGGGAGUGCAUAAUAUAUUUCAUAUUUCCAUGUUGAGGAAAUAUAUUCCCAACUCGACGCACAUUUUUGACUAUGAACCACUUCAAAUUCAGGAGGAUAUGACUUAUGCGGAAGAACCAGUUCGGACUUUGGAAAAGAAAGAACAAGUGUUACGGACUCAAACUAUCCCAUUGGUUAAAGUUUUGUGGAAUAAUCAUGCUACUAAUGAAGCGUCUUGGGAGUUGGAGGAACAAAUACCAGAUAAGUACCCAUGA